AGCGUCUAGAGCGCAUGCGCACUGCGCCGCCGCGCCUACAGCUGCCCUGGUUACCGUUGGUGUUUGCGAAUUCUUUGCCGCGAUUUCCUCGCUUGAGACCGGCGCCGCCAUGCUCUAGUGGCUGUUUGAUACGCGCGCGCCCGCGUCACGUGUGCCGAAGCUCCCUGGCUGUCUCUAGCGGGCGACUGAGUCAGGAGGAAGGAGCUGCGGCCACCGCUUGCCCUCCCCUGCGCCCCGGGGCGGGCGCGCGAAUAAAAAAUGGCGAAGUAGGGGUAGCCGGUGCCGAAUCUGCAGCGAUGGGGCGCGCAGGUGGGACGGUGGUAGAAGCUUCCUGAUGUGGGCAUCGGGCUUUUCUCCGCGGCGGAUCUGACCUGGCGACCUCGGGCCGGUGCCUAAUAGGUCGGAUCACGGACUCCUCGGGUCGCCGAGGCCCUCGCCGAGAGCUUGAGGCAAUGGAUGAACAGAGCGUGGAGAGCAUUGCUGAGGUUUUCCGAUGUUUCAUUUGUAUGGAGAAGUUGAGGGAUGCACGCCUAUGCCCUCAUUGUUCCAAGCUUUGUUGUUUCAGCUGUAUCAGGCGCUGGUUGACAGAGCAGAGAGCACAAUGUCCUCAUUGCCGUGCACCUCUUCAGCUACGAGAACUGGUAAACUGUCGUUGGGCAGAAGAAGUAACUCAACAGCUUGAUACCCUUCAACUCUGCAGUCUCACCAAACAUGAAGAAAAUGAAAAGGACAAAUGUGAAAACCACCAUGAAAAACUUAGUGUGUUUUGCUGGACUUGUAAGAAGUGUAUCUGCCAUCAGUGUGCACUUUGGGGAGGAAUGCAUGGUGGACAUACCUUUAAACCUUUGGCAGAAAUUUAUGAGCAGCAUGUCACAAAAGUGAAUGAAGAGGUAGCCAAACUCCGUCGGCGUCUCAUGGAAUUGAUCAGCUUAGUUCAAGAAGUGGAAAGAAACGUAGAGGCUGUAAGAAAUGCAAAAGAUGAGCGUGUUCGGGAAAUUAGGAAUGCAGUUGAGAUGAUGAUUGCACGGUUAGACACACAACUGAAGAACAAGCUUAUAACACUAAUGGGUCAGAAGACAUCUCUAACACAAGAAACUGAACUGCUGGAAUCCUUACUUCAGGAGGUGGAGCAUCAGUUGCGGUCUUGCAGUAAGAGUGAAUUGAUAUCUAAGAGCUCGGAGAUCCUCAUGAUGUUUCAGCAAGUUCAUCGAAAACCCAUGGCAUCCUUUGUCACCACUCCUGUUCCACCAGACUUCACUAGUGAAUUAGUACCAUCUUAUGAUUCAGCAACUUUUGUUCUAGAGAAUUUCAGCACUUUGCGCCAGAGAGCAGAUCCUGUGUAUAGUCCACCUCUUCAAGUUUCAGGACUUUGCUGGAGAUUAAAAGUUUACCCAGAUGGAAAUGGAGUUGUACGUGGUUACUACUUAUCUGUGUUUCUGGAACUCUCAGCUGGAUUGCCUGAAACUUCCAAAUAUGAAUAUCGUGUAGAGAUGGUUCAUCAGUCUUGCAAUGAUCCUACAAAGAAUAUCAUUCGAGAAUUUGCAUCUGACUUUGAAGUUGGAGAAUGCUGGGGUUAUAAUAGAUUUUUCCGUUUGGACUUACUGGCAAAUGAAGGAUAUUUGAAUCGACAGAAUGAUACAGUAAUUUUAAGGUUUCAGGUACGUUCACCAACUUUCUUCCAAAAAUGCCGAGAUCAGCAUUGGUAUAUAACUCAGUUGGAAGCUGCACAGACUAGUUACAUUCAACAAAUAAAUAAUCUUAAAGAGAGACUUACCAUUGAACUAUCUCGAACUCAGAAGUCCAGAGAUUUGUCACCACCAGAUAAUCAUCUGAGCUCUCAAAAUGACGAUGGCCCCGAGACAAGAGCUAAGAAGUCUGGGUCAAGCUCUGACAUGCUUCUCGAGAGUGGUCUAACUACAGCUUCUGUGAGAGAAGCUAAAGAGGAUGAAGAAGAUGAGGAAAAGAUUCAGAAUGAAGAUUAUCAUCAUGAGCUUUCCGAUGGAGACCUGGAUCUGGAUCUUGUUGGUGAAGAUGAAGUAAAUCACCUCGAUGGCAGUAGUUCCUCAGCCAGUUCAACUGCAACAAGUAACACAGAAGAAAACGAUAUUGAUGAAGAAACUAUGUCUGGAGAAAAUGAUGUGGAAUACAACAACAUGGAAUUGGAAGAGGGAGAACUCAUGGAAGAUGCAGCUGCUGCAGGACCUCCAGGUAGUAGUCAUGGCUAUGUGGGUGCUGGGAGCAGGAUGCCAAGAAGAGCACAUUUGUGCUCUGCUGCUACCAGUAGCUUAUUAGACAUUGAUCCUUUAAUCCUAAUACAUCUGUUGGACCUUAAAGACCGGAGCAGUAUGGACAACUUGUGGGGCUUACAGCCUCGCCCACCUGCUUCACUUCUACAGCCCACAGCAGCAUAUUCCCGAAAAGAUAAAGAUCAAAGGAAGCAGCAGGCAAUGUGGCGAGUUCCGUCUGACUUAAAAAUGCUAAAAAGACUCAAAACUCAAAUGGCUGAAGUUCGAUGUAUGAAAACUGAUGUAAAGAAUACACUUUCAGAAAUAAAAAGCUGCAACGCUGCUUCUGGAGACAUGCAGACGAACCUGUUUCCUGCUAACCAGGCAGCUCUAGCUGCGUGUGAAAUGGAAAAUGCUGGUAGAUUACAGGAUUUGGGAAUGGAGCUCCUGGCAAAGUCAUCAGUUGCCAGUUGUUACAUACGAAAUGCUACAAAUAAGAAGAACAAUUCACCCAAGCCAGCUCGGUCCCAUAUCGCAGGUAGCCUAUCACUUCGAAGAGCAGUGGACACUGGGGAAAAUAGUCGUUCAAAGGGAGACUGUCAAACUUUGUCAGAAGCCUCCCCUGGAAGCUCACAAACGGGAAGCAGGCACAGUUCUCCCCGGGCCUUGACGCACAGCAGUAUCGGUGUUAUUCUGCCCAAAACUGAAGACCGGCAGUGUCAGGCUUUGGACUCAGAUGCUGUUGUGGUUGCAGUUUUCAAUGGCUUACCUACUGUUGAGAAAAGGAGGAAAAUGGUCAUCUUGGGGGCUAAUGCUAAAGGAGAUCAUCUGGAAGGAAUACAAAUGACUGAUUUGGAAAAUAAUUCUGAAACUGGGGAGUUACAGCCUAUACUACCUGAAGGAGCUUCAGCUGCCCCUGAAGAAGGAAUGAGUAGCGACAGUGAUAUUGAGUGUGACACUGAGACUGAGGAGCAGGAAGAGCACAGCAGCAUGGGCGGAUUUCAUGACUCUUUCAUGGCACAGCCCCCAGAUGAAGACACGUGUUCCAGUUUUCCCGAUGGUGAACAAAUCGGCCCUGAAGACCUCAGCUUUAACACUGAGGAAAACAGUGGAAGAUGACUUGACUAGAAACUGACACUGCUGCUGGUGGGUUGGUCACAAGAUCUAGACUUCAGAGAACGACAGAUGUGCAUGAGGUCCAGGUGUGGGGGUCGCGAGUAUCAGAACUAUGACAAGAUUCUAGGACAGUAGCUGGGGUUCUGUUUACUCCUUUUCAGCCGUACCAAAAGAUUGGAAAAAAGGAGAAAUGGCUUCAAAGUCAAGAGAAAACAAAUACUGAAGAUAUUUACUUACAUCCAAAUUUAAAAAAUAAAACCUGUAGGUUAUAACAAUCU